AUUGCCCUUUACUUCGGAUAUGAUGCCGAGCUCGACUCCGAACCGCUUGGCACUCAGACCAGGAAAGCUUCCCGCGUGUAAUCCGUGUCGAGCAAUCAAGCUACGCUGUGACCAUAGAAAACCGAUUUGUUCCCGAUGUAGAGAACGAGGGUUGGAGGAUGACUGUAUUUACCGGCCUCGACCGUUCAAAAGACCCUCCGGCAAGGAUAUUGUUCACAGGCACAGGCUCGGAACCGACCAGACUUCUCUAUCCCCGCCGUUGCCGUCUCCUCUUCCCACCGAGAAUGAGGCUGGUGCGACUGCGCCUGGUAUAGAAGCAGUAGGCCCAUUCACCAGCUUCAGGGUUUCAUCAUCCGUCCAGUAUCCCAAUCCCGGUUACCUCGGCUCGUCGAGCCAUACGACGUUCUUUGAUCAGCUGCAGGUCCGACAAACCCCUGAGGAUGGUGCCGGAGUUCGGGAGGAUUUACCCAGCGUUCCCUUGCAAAGAGACUGUGCGGUGGAAGAAAAUUCUAUCGCCAAGGGUGCCGAAAUUCUUCUCGAAUUGUACCAGGGCAAUUUGGUGCAGCAGUUCACCCAGCUCUUCAGCAGGUGGACAGCCACUGGAGCAAACUUGGCCCUGGCCGGCCCCUUGACGUCGCUCUGUGCAUCCACAAUAGUCUUCACCUUGGCCCAGUGCGACGGGACACAUGCGAGCGCAGUCACCAUCUCUCAAGGCCUCUUUUCCCGUUCUUGUCAACCCGUAUCAUUUGCGCCUGAUACGAAAUUUACUGAGUACUGUGCCAAUUUCUGUGGAAGGAAUGCACGCUGGGAAACACUGGGAUUAUUUCUCACCGCGGUCUGUCGAGCCUCGGUUGAUCUGACGUAUGCAGAACCAAUGUAUGGAUCAGAGCAGAGACGACGUCAAAUCCAGAAGUUGACCCUCUCGUACUCGGACCGACUGUUGGAUCUUUGCUUGCCGCUCGACUGUAUGAAUGACCUGCAACUCUUUCUCACGUAUGAGAAUUUCAUCUCUCAUUCGCAGGUGGAUGGCGACCAGAGUUACCUAUCCUGGCGCAAACUCGGCGAUGUUGCAGCCUCUCUGUUUGCCCUCGGCCACCAUCAGCAACAAACCGAGAGUUUCCAGACAGUCCCUUCGUUCCUUCGCCAAUUACGCCAAACCGCCUUUUGUCGGACCUACUCGGCGGACAAGAACGUGUCCAUAUUUCUCGGCCGGCCACCCCGAAUCUUGCGCAAGUUUUGCCACUUUUAUCUGCCAGGGGACCCGGAACAAGCCGGUCCUCCCCAGGCGGCAUCCCGCAAGCCAGCAGUCUGGGACUCGUCCACUGAGCAGAUCGAUUACAUCACUGACUCGCGUUGGGCUGGCCUUUGUGCGAUUCUGAAAGAGGAUAUACUAGACCUCUUCAACGAGGAGAAUUAUGAGGAAAGAGUUCGUCGGGCAAGAAUAAUAGAAGCCGACGCUCACGCUCAAUGGCACGCAGUCCCACCGAGCUGCCGUCUCGAAGGCAACCUCAAAAGCUGCGACCGCCGACCGGUGGAGCGCGACUUCAUGGUGAACAUGAAGCUCAACUACAUCCACGUCCAGUUCCUGCUGCAGCUGGCGCUGCGGCGUCCCACCACCAUGAUGGAUCCAGACCCGAAUUUGCUCACACUUUCUCUCCAAAUGCUGGGUUUAGUCGUAGAGGCUAUUCUGCUCAAGGACCAGAUUGUCAACUCGGGUACCUCACUCGUGUGGAAGGUGGCAUAUUACGGCUUGUCCGCCGCGGGACUAAUUUCGAUGACGCUGGUUAACCGCGGCUUUGCCCCCAUAGCGUUACCAUCGGGCGGCAUCUCGAAAGUCUUUCAGGAGUUGAGCAUCCUGGUGGGGGAAAUCGAGCGGGGAACGUUGGUUUACAUCGACUCGCCGAAUUAUGCUCUCCUGUCUCGCGCCACACAAACCAUCAAGAGCAUUCUGGACCGGUCGAUGUCAUUUCAGCCGCUACAGCCGGGCACAGCAACAGUUUCGGGCGAACAGUUGAAUAUGAUCACGGCCCCGGAGCAACCAGAAGCAUUCGAUGAUGGGUCAUGGGGUCUGUGGGAUCAUAUGAAUUUGCAGGAGUUUGAGAUCAACUUUUGGCACCAACUGGCCGGACAUCCUUCACUGAAUUGAUAGUGAUAACAUUUCGAAGGGCAGAACGUUAG